GCGGUGUCAGUACUGGGGAGCCGGCGGCGGGCGGCGGGCGGCGGGGACUUGUUGUUCUUCGCCGAGUCGGAACGCGGAGCCCGGAGCGCGCAGGCGGAGGCGGCGACUACGGGGAGCGCGAGAGCAGAAGUGCGCGUGGACAGUGCGUGUCCACCAGGAGCCGCCGCGCCCGGCCCCGCGCGCGACCCGGCUACAGUUUUCUGGUGGUUCCAUCCUGGUGACAGGCCCGGGUUAUGACGACUAAUCCCAAGCCGAACAAGGCAUUGAAGGUCAAGAAGGAGGCGGGGGAGAACGCUCCUGUGCUUAGCGACGAUGAGCUGGUGUCCAUGUCCGUGCGGGAGCUGAACCAGCACCUGCGGGGCCUCACCAAGGAGGAGGUGACGCGGCUGAAGCAGCGGCGGCGCACGCUCAAGAACCGGGGCUACGCGGCCAGCUGUCGCAUCAAGCGCGUGACGCAGAAGGAGGAGCUGGAGCGGCAGCGUGUGGAGCUGCAGCAGGAGGUGGAGAAGCUGGCCCGAGAGAACAGCAGCAUGCGGCUGGAGCUGGACGCCCUGCGCUCCAAGUACGAGGCCCUGCAGACCUUCGCACGCACCGUGGCGCGGGGGCCUGUCACACCCACCAAGGUGGCCACCACCAGUGUGAUCACCAUCGUCAAAUCUGCCGAGCUGUCCUCCACCUCUGUGCCCUUCUCAGCUGCCUCCUAGUGUCUGCCGGGGCCGGGCAGGGCGCGGGCAGUGGCACGGCCCUCACGCCUAUCCCGGGCUCCCUGGCACAUAUUCCUCAUGUCCGCCUGCCCGCUGUGGACCCUGUGGGGCUGAGGGCAGGGAUGGCAGAGGGACUGGCAGAUGCAGGAUAAAAGGGAGGCUCUCAAGAGCCAGUGCCGCAAGCAACCCCCACUCACACCUCUCCUUCCCCUGGGGGGGUGUUUCUAGGAGCUGACGGGAACCACAUGGGCCAAGCAGGCUGAGCAACUCCAGGCCCCAGUGACAGGGCGGGAGGGCUUGUCUUCCACUUCUCCGGUGCCGGCCCCUGUAAGGUUCUCCAGCUGGGGUGGAAACCACGCUGACCCUUUCCGGGCUCUGGUCUUCUUGUCCUUAUCAAAGGAUGUUACAGCCUACUUUAGCCCUUAGCUAGAGCCAGGCCCAUGUCCUGGGAGACAUUUCCCAAUCAUUAGCCACCUGCGGAGCUAAUGCCAGGUGGCCACACAGAAGAGCCUGUCCUGUAUGUGUGCUGAGGGUUGCACGGAUGUGGAGGCAUGUCCCUGGGGCCUGUUAGGUAAGGAGGCUGCCCACUGUGGGGCAGCGGCCACCUGUCCACAGCCAGCAAACAGCCGGGCUCAGGUUCUCCGGGGCACAGAAGAUGGGAGCAGGUGAAGCCUGAGAGGUGUUGAGGGAUGUGGAGGGGCCAGUUAGAAUGUGCCUGUUGCUGGGGACAAACCAACCAAACCAGGAAUGGGGUCCUGGCAGCGCAGGCCCAGGAGACGUGGAAGAGGCCAGAGGAGCAUAGGAAGUAUGGGGGCCUUGUGGACUCACCCCUGUGGGCAGGUCAGCAGGAGCCCAGGGCAGACUGUAGGUGCUCUGCAGCUUUGGUGCCCACUUGCUACCUGCCCGUUCCUCCUUCAUGGAGUUCUGGGCCGCUGUCUGUCUGUGCUUUCUUACUGAAGGGAUUGUCAUCCAGGCCCCAAGAAGUAUGGUGGACAGGAAGUGGGGCAGGCUGAGCCACAGCCAGUCACUUAGCAAGCACUGUUGGAAACAUAGCCUUGGUAGGUAAUCCAUAUUGGAUAUCAAUAAGGACCAUGGGAUAUUUAAAGAGAGAGAAGAUAUAUAUAUAUAUAUAUAUAUAUAUAAUUAUAUACACAUUUUAUCAUACAGAUUUUUCAUAACAAUUUUCUUUCCCAGUUUGAUACUGUAGAUCUUUAUUAAUGCAGAAUGGGUUGGACAGUGGGGUGGGGAAUGGAGGGCCAGGGUGCCGACAGCCUCCGGCAGUCUUUCUAUGGUGACGGUGGGGACGCUGGGCCACUGGUGCAGCUUUCCUAGCAGGUGCCACACUGGGGAGUGGUUUCCAGAGUGGGCUGCAGUGCUAGGCAGGUGACCGCCGUGUGGGUUGCUGUCUGCUGGCCUGUGGUCUCCAGGGUAGCCGGGGCUGUCAGGGCCACCUGGAGCACCUGUGCAGGGCACCUGCCUGGAGGGGGCUGGGAAGGGUGUGAGUGCACCCGGUGGUUCUGUGUCACUGAAGUGUCAUCGUCACAAUUUAAUAUAUGGAUGCUUUUAUUUAAGAUAAAAGUGGGUCUUCUGUCUUGCUCCUCUGACUUCUCAAAGCAAGCUUUACGUUUUCAAAAGGCAACAGGGACCGUGCCGACCAUGCAGGGGCCCGGCGUCCUCAGCCGCCUGCUACCUGGCGGUUUCAUUUCAAUAUUUAUUUUCUGCGCUUCCUCCCCCAUGUUAUAAAUUAUUGAGAAGAGAUCAGACUGUUGGCUCCCCGUGCGCCUGCCUCGUGGCCACCACCUAAUUUAUUGCUGUACAUGUCGCCGUGACUGCUUUUGUAUCUUUGCAAUAAAGAAUUUCCUGUUUGAUAUGG